AUGUCACACAACCCAUUUGAGUAUGUUUCAGAUGACGACUUAUUUGAUGAUAUAGACACAGUACAUCCAACAACAUCAAAUGUGGAAUACAACCAAGGCUACCGCCACCCCCAAGUACCACCAAUUGAAAGAACACCUUCACUUAGUGACAAAAGUCUGUUUCAGGCCAACUCACGUCAAUUAAAUGCUCACAAGGAAGAAGGGUACAGACAUACUACCAACUCCUCAUUCGGUACAGUUGUCAAUGAAAACUACCAUGAAAAAUACAAUGUUCCUGAUGAUGAUGAUGAUGAUGAUGAUAUGUUUGACUACGAAGUCCCCAAAGAGGAGAAAACGGUUUCUUUCAAUAACGAUUUGAAAUAUCCUCCACUUGCAUACAAUCCUGGCUUGGAUAAUCCAUUUUAUGAAAACUAUGAAGAUUAUGGCACAGACCAUGACCGUUUAGUUUAUAAUAUGAAUCAUCCAUCCUUUUCAACCGGUGAAGAUUACCUUAUAAAUCCACUUGUCGAUACAGAAUAUGAAGACGAUGAGGAUUUUGACAUUUAUGGUGAUGAUGAUAGUUUGUUCUCGGGAGUCGAUGGUGAUAUCUUGAGAAGAAACACCACCAUAAAUAGAGGAAGAGUUGGUAACUCCAUCAAAAAGACUAAAAGUCGAGGAUCCACCAUUACUUUUGACGAUGACGACAAGAGUUCCAAUCUAAAGUAUACAAAGACAAUAAAGAAGGCGAGGCUCAUCAAUGGUAACUACAUCAUAGACGCCCCAGCUCCAAAAGCUCUUCUCGACACAUAUUGCAAGAAGGUUGGUGAUAUCGGAAGAGAAAUGUCCUUUUUAAGGUAUACCGCUGCCACUUGCGGGCCCUCAAAUUACAUCAAGUACAAGUACAAUCUACGUCAAGUACUUUAUGAGCCUCGUCGAGAGACCGAAAUAAUGGUUUGUAUCACCAUGUACAAUGAAGAUGAAAUACUUUUGGCGAGAACAUUGAAGGGAAUUUUUGACAAUAUAGAAGAUUUAAGGAAAAGAUCUGACCCAGCUUGGGGUGAUGAUUCGUGGAAAAAAGUUGUUGUUUGUAUUGUCAGUGAUGGACGCAUUCAUUUGAACAAAAGAACUCAAAUUCUUUUAUCAGCACUUGGAUUGUUUCAAGAUGGGUAUGCGAAAUCCAAAAUUAACGACAAACCAGUGAAAGCACAUAUUUAUGAAUACACCUCCACGGUUGGGAUUGAUACCAUCAACGAUCAUGUUCAUUUGACCCCCAAUUCAAUGCCAGUGCAAUUCUUGUUUUGUCUCAAGGAGAAAAACUCACGAAAGAUUAACUCUCAUCGUUGGUGUUUCCAAGCAUUUGCACCAAUUUUGAACCCAAAAGUGGUGAUGCUAUUGGAUUGCGGUACCAAACCAUCCAAGGAUGCAUUCUUUUAUCUCUGGCGAGCAUUCAAAGAUCCAAAUGUUGCCGGUGCUUGUGGUGAAAUGAGGGCAUCAUUGGGAACUGGUAAACGAUUAUUGGCAAAUCCGUUGGUUGCUGCUCAAAACUUUGAAUACAAAAUUUCCAAUAUUUUGGACAAACCAAUGGAGAGUGUGUUUGGGUUUAUCUCGGUGUUGCCGGGAGCUUUCAGUGCUUAUAGAUAUGAAGCUCUAUUGAAUGUCAACGGGAAAGGACCACUAGAGAAAUACUUCAAAGGAGAAUAUUUGGACUUAAAUAGUCAAGUGAAUGACCCUGAAGAUGAUGAAAAAGAGAUUAAGGAACGAAAUUUUCAAGAAGCUGGAAUUUUCACAUCAAAUAUGUAUUUAGCCGAGGAUAGAAUUUUGUGUUUUGAAUUGGUUGCCAAACAAAAUCACAAGUACAUGUUGCGGUAUGUCAAGGAGGCAAAAGCAGAAACCGAUGUUCCUGAAAGCAUUGAUGAGUUUGUUUUGCAAAGAAGAAGAUGGUUAAAUGGAUCGCUAUUUGCCGCGGCAUAUGCAGUCUUCCACUGGACUAAACUUUGGCGUUCAAAUCAUUCGCUUUUACGAAAAUUGUUCUUACAGUUGGAGUUUUAUUAUCAAUUGGUUACACUUUUAGUUUCUUGGUUUUCAUUAGCAUCAUUUUUCCUUGUUUUCAGAAUAUUGACUGCUAAUUUGGGUGCUAAAGAUAUGCAUUUCGAAACAGGUAAAUAUUUGGCAAUAAUUUUCUUAUGGAUUUACGUUGGAUCAAUUGUGUGUACUUUUGUUUUGGCUUUUGGGAACACGCCUCGUGGUACUAGGAAAUUUUACCAAGUGAUUGCUUAUCUUUUCGCAAUCAUGAUGGCGUAUUUGAUUUUUGCUGCUAUUUUUCUUGCUGUUCAUACGGCUCAAGCAAUCAUCAAGGACCACAAGGAUGAUUUCACAGCGUCAAUGGUGUUUACCAAUACCAAAUUUAGAGAUUUAGUGGUGUCGGUGGUGUCAACAUACACAUUGUACUUUGUCGGUGCUUUCAUUUAUGGGGAGCCAAGUUUUAUGUUUACAUCAUUUGUUCAAUAUGUUUUGUUAUCUCCCACUUACGUUAACGUGCUCAACAUUUAUUCAUUUUGCAAUAUUCAUGAUGUUUCAUGGGGUACAAAGGGGGUUGAGCGAGCAAAAGAUUUAGGAUCGGCAAAAUCAAUGGGUGAGGAUAAGGAUAAUAUUUUGUUAAUUGCUCCUGAUACUAAUGAAGGACUCAGUGAUACCUAUUUGGAUAAAGUGGAGCAACUUAGAAGUAUGCCUCCAGAAGAAGUAGACAUUGUCAAGUCAAGACUGAUUAAAGAUGACUCAUACUAUGCGUUUGUUCGUACAAUUACCGUCUUGGUGUGGAUGCUCACAAAUGCCAUAUUAAUUGCCAUUGUUCUAGAUGCAGCUGGAGUUGGAUUACUCACCAAUAAAUCUUCAACCAACUCUGAUGGUUCUAUUUCAGGUAAUUCAGAAGUGUUCUUAACCAUCAUUUUGUGGAUUGUUGCUGGAAUGGCUGUUUUCAGAUUUGUUGGUGCUAUUAUAUACCUAAUUUUGAAAGAGUUUAGACCAUUGAAAUGGAAAUUGAGAGCCCUGAGGGAAAACAAACGAAUGAGAAGUCAGGAAUGA